AUGGUUUCCUUUCUUAGGCAUAGGACAGCUACGAAAGAUGCAGGUCGCAUUGCAGGGUUAGACGUCCUGCGAAUAAUCAAUGAACCUACUGCUGUUUCGCUUGCUUAUGGGUUUGAGAAGAAAAACAAUGAGACCAUUCUGGUUUUUGACCUUGGACUUGGAGGUGGUACUUUUGACGUUUCAGGUAUGCCAAUUGCUUUGUUACUCCUCUUAUUGGAUUUUUCUUUGUUUUUGAGAAUUGUUAAUUGGCUUGCCCAAAACUUUAAAAGGGAUGAAGGAAUAGACCUUCUGAAAGACAAGCAAGCUCUACAACGUUUCACAGAGACUGCGGAGAAAGCAAAGAUGGAGCUCUCAUCUCUAACUCAGACCAGUAUAAGAUUGAGGAAAAGCUUUCUUUUUUACAGUUUACCUUUCAUUGCCGCCACUGUGGAUGGCCCAAAACACAUUGACACCACCCUAACAAGAGUCAAAUUUGAAGAAUUAUGUUCAGAUUUGCUAGACAGGCUACGAGGACCAAUUGAAACUGCCUUGAAAGAAGCAAAUCUUUCCUUCAAAGAUUUAGAUGAAGUAAUCCUUCUUGGUGGUUCUACUCGCAUCCCAGCUGUUCAGGAGCUUGUGAGGAAGAUGACUAGAAAAGAGCCCAAUGUCACUGUAAAUCCUGAUGAAGUUGUUGCUCUUGGGGCUGCAGUUCAAGCUGGUGUUUUAGCUGGAGAAGUUAGUGACAUUGUGCUCUUGGAUGUCACUCCAUUGUCUCUGGGACUCGAAAUUUUGUGUGGUGUAAUGACAGAGAUUAUCCCAAAGAACACAACUUUGCCAACUUCCAAAUUAGAGGUGUUCCCCACUGCGGCAGAUGGGCAGACCAGUGUAGAGAUUAAUGUCUGUCAGGGUGAGAGAGAGUUCAUGAGGGAUAACAAGAGAAUGGUGAUGAUAUGAUCAAUGUAGAUUUCACAGAUAGUGAGCAACUCUUAGAACUUCAAUUCUGACCACGCAUACUUGCAUACUUGUAUAAGUUCUAUGUUAGUUUGUGAUUUUGCCAAGUAUGAUGAGUACAUUUUCAAAUGUGCUUUAGAGUUGGGGUAGUUAUUAAUGGCAUAAAACUUGGCAGAAGGUUUAGUCUCUUCAAUUGCUAGUUUUUUUUUUUUUUUUUGCUAAAUAAUACGAAUUUAUUAAGAGGAAGACCUAGGGACUAACCCAUCUAGCUUCUCCACCGGCAAAAGAAAGGUAGGAUUAGAGGAGAUGGGAAUGGCAUUGGUACAAAGCAAAACAUGAUAAUUACCCAACAAGUGGACUAGUUAGAAAUUUCUUUGUAAUGAAUAGUUAGAAAUUUCUUUGUAAUGAAAAGAUUCGUUGCAUGUAUUUGUUUAAGAACUUUUAUUUGUAAUCGUUCAUUCGGUGAAAUUGAGGAUGAAGACAAAAGUUUUUUGUUCA